CAUAACGACUACCUUGACUUUGAUGAAACCCGUUCGAGAACAGUUGUCCAAGAUAAAACAGUGGACUGUGAAGACAAACCAUCUUGCAAUAAAGUUGUAGAUAACGAAGAGUUGGAUUUACAUGAAAGUGCCUGCGUAAUGAACACGUGUGACUCCGACUCGCCUGAGCUUACAGGCUCAGCUCUCAUUGAUAAUAAAGUUGAUCCUAGACCGCGUUAUGUACAAGGAUCUCUCUCAAAUGUUAAAAACGCGUGUGUAUGGCCCACUGUGCGAAGAGAUAGCGAGCGCCUUGAAAAUAAAAGUAAAGAUAAAGAUUUUAUGGUCAACAAUUCAUCCAUAAGAAAUUAUGGGAAAGAUUUUAAAACAAAAACUGGCAAACGGUCCAUCGCAGCUUGUUUUUUUGGUGCAAAUGCAAAAAAUUAUGGUGAAAGAAAUACUGAAACGUUAGCACCCGGUUGUGCAAAAUCUGUUGAAUCCAGAGGAAUUAAGAAGUCGUGUGACCUUCAUGAAAUUCUUGCUUUCGAACCCAAGAAUGAGAUAUUUUCGUCAAAAUUUGCUCAGUUGGAUCUUGAUUUCAAUGCCAAAAAAGAUAGAUCAUUAAAGGUGCCCGAAAUUGAAUCCCCAUCAGUUAGAAAAAUGCUCGAUUUUUACUACUUACAGGACGACACCGAAAUCCAAAAAUUGAAGAACGAAUUACGAGAUGUCAACGAUGCAGUCGAAAAAAUGGAAAGCACAUACAAAAAGAUUCAUCUAAAUAAACCUAAGUUUCGUGACAUUGCACCGAAAGAGCGGGUCAUUCAAUUAGAGCGAGAAAUUCGAGACGCAGAGAUAUUAAUUCAAAAGAAGUUAGAGAUUUGGAAUGCCCAAUCAAAUGAAAAAGAACUUGCAUUUGAAAAGGAGAUGCUUCAUCAGAAUGACGAUAAAUCGCUGUUGAGCCAGUUUUCCCUUGAAAUCAAGAAGGAUUCUUUGCAAAAUGAAAUAUCUCUCAGAAAAUCCCAGUUGAAUGUCCUGCAGUUAAAGAUCAACCAACAUAAUCUUGAUGGUAAUGAAGGUUAGCGAUCCUAAUGUUCUUGGAAGUAUUCAUUUGAGUAUCUUCAUGCGUAAGACAAAGUUAGUUUUGGUGAAUUAGUUAAAUUUGAGUAUUGCAAAAGUUGCUAUUUUUAUUGUUAGUAUGCACGCUAGUUUUGCUUAAACCAAAGUGCGCCGUGUUAUUUAAUACAUCCGAACGGAAGGAACUCCGUUUCCGAACGAAGUGUCUUUAAAGAAUAGCAGGUGCUCAAAUCGUUUAUGGGCGUAAUCAUACACCGGAGUUUUCAUUUUGGAAGACUUGUUGAAAACAAGUAGUUCUAAAUUUAAAAAAAAAUUAAAAGUUAAGAUUCUUGGUUAAA